AUGUCUCUCCAAAAGCUUAAAGAAAUUGGAGACCAGAUAAUCAAAGCUGUUGAAUCUAGUCCUCUUCAAGCUGAAAUAGCUCAAAUAUCUUUGGAAAGUAUCCAUCAUUUAAUUGUUUCUACAGAUCAAAAUGCUGGCGUUGAUGACUAUAGACAACCGAUGCAUCCAAAUAUGUACGUUGAUCAACAGAUGGGAUAUCCUCAGCAAAUGCCUCAACAAAUGUAUCAAUUUGAUGAAGCAAUGCCCCCAGCUGUUAUUGGUCCUCAGUAUAGCACUGACGUUAUGACACAGGCUAAUAGUAUCCCAUUCUUAUACCAUCAAAAUUUCCCCAACCAAUAA